CGGAGACGUGAUGCCAGCACCAAGAGCUAGCUAGCUGUUGGUAGCUAGAGCGCCCCAUGCUGGCACUGCGGGGAAGCGCUCUUUCUCACGGGAUCCCACUUAGAGGGUGCGGGGCUGGGAGCGCGCAUGCGCGUUUUCCCUGGCUGUGCGCUGCUUGGGACGCCCAGUGCAUGGAGGGCCCGCGUGCGCCAGGAACGGCCUUCGGAAGUCUGAGGCUCAAGGCAGGAGCCGAGUAGGCGGUAACCCCGCCGUGGCGGCAGCGAUGUUCGUAGCGCGCAGUAUCGCGGCGGAUCACAAGGAUCUCAUCCAUGAUGUGUCCUUUGACUUCCACGGGCGGCGGAUGGCGACUUGCUCCAGUGACCAGAGUGUGAAGGUCUGGGACAAAAGUGAAAGUGGGGAUUGGCAUUGUACUGCUAGCUGGAAGACACACAGUGGUUCUGUAUGGCGUGUGACAUGGGCACAUCCUGAAUUUGGACAGGUUUUGGCUUCCUGUUCUUUUGACAGAACUGCUGCUGUUUGGGAAGAAAUAGUGGGAGAAUCCAAUGAUAAACUUCGAGGACAGAGUCAUUGGGUUAAGAGGACCACUUUGGUGGAUAGCAGAACAUCGGUCACUGAUGUGAAGUUCGCUCCUAAGCAUAUGGGUCUCAUGUUAGCGACCUGCUCAGCAGAUGGCGUCGUGAGAAUAUAUGAGGCUCCAGAUGUUAUGAAUCUUAGUCAGUGGUCGCUGCAGCAUGAAAUCUCCUGUAAACUAAGCUGUAGUUGUAUUUCAUGGAAUCCCUCAAGUUCUCGUGCUCAUUCACCUAUGAUAGCUGUAGGAAGUGAUGACAAUAGUCCAAAUGUAUCUGCUAAGGUUCAGAUUUAUGAAUAUAAUGAAAACACCAGGAAAUAUGCAAAAGCAGAAUCCCUUAUGACAGUCACUGAUCCUGUACAUGAUAUCUCAUUUGCUCCAAACUUGGGAAGAUCAUUCCAUAUCCUAGCAGUAGCAACUAAAGAUGUGAGAAUUUUCACGCUAAAACCUGUGAGGAAAGAAUUAACUUCUUCUGGUGGACCAACAAAAUUUGAGAUUCAUAUAGUAGCUCAAUUUGAUAAUCACAACUCUCAGGUUUGGCGAGUGAGUUGGAAUAUAACGGGAACAGUACUAGCAUCAUCUGGAGAUGAUGGUUGUGUAAGAUUGUGGAAAGCUAAUUAUAUGGACAAUUGGAAGUGCACUGGUAUUUUGAAAGGUAAUGGGAGCCCAGUCAAUGGGAGCUCUUCUCAACAGGGAAUCUCAAAUACUUCUUUAGGGUCAAACAAUCCAAAUCUACAAAAUUCAUUAAAUGGAUCAUCAGCUAGCAGAAAGCACAGCUGAUCUCAAGCUUAACUGGAGUAACUUUGCAGUUUUGCUGCUUCUUGCAUGCACACAGGAAUGGGAAGCAAGCUCCUUUUCCCCCUCCCCAGCGCCGUUUGACCUCUCCCAAGAUACACCAGCAGCCUGCUCACUCCUAAACGCAACCCUAAAGGCCUUUAAAAAAAAUACACUGUUUCUGUACUAGCCAGUGCCAUUUGUUGACACUAAUGGAACUUUUGAAAAUUAAAGGGAGAGGCUUCUUGUUGAGACAGAUUUUCACUAAAGUUCUUUGGAAUAUUUGUGAAACUAAAUAUUAUGGGUAUAGGAAAAAAAAAGGAUUGUUGUCUUUGUGGGUAUGAGGGGGGAGAGAACUCACAUUACUCCAUUUGGAAGAUAAUAGACCUCUUUUGUUGGUUUUGUUUCCCAAAACGAUAUAAACAGGAUGGUGAAUUUUUAUAAUUUUUAAAUUUGAAGAUUGAAUAAAUCAUCAAUUUUCAUAAAGAUUGUUUUGAGUGCUAAUUUGUUUUACACUUUGUAGUCUUGAUUUAUUCAUAUUAAUAUUUGGUAUAACUUGUAAUUAGUUUGUAACAUUUGAAAUUUGUUAGCAUUAAAGGAAUUAGAAUGCACUGACAGUAAUUUAACUGUACAGUUGAUAGUUAAAUUUAUUGUUUGGUAUUCAUUUAUAUAUUAUAAAACUGUUUUUGUAAGUGUUUUUUAUUAGUGUUCACUAAAGAGAAUUUUUUUACCAUGUGCUUGUAUGUUCCUAUGGUGUGAUUCCAUGGAGUAAGGUUUCCUCCAAGUACAAAUUCUAAAAGGUACUGUAAAUUGGGAAGCACUUAAAAUUGACUAAAAGUGCAGCAUGUAAAUGAAGCUUCAAGGUAGCAUGUCCCAGGAUUUUCUUAUUUGGCUGUUUCAUUCAGUAAAUGUUCCCCAGAGCUCUAAACCUUACAGUUAAUAUCUAUAAUUCAAGUGUACUAAAGUACAUAAGUAUUACGGGUAAGUUAUAAUCAAGUGAUAGAAGAAUACAACAUGAUUUGGCAUAAUUCUUUUAGCCUUUCACUUAGAAAUCUGUAGCUAUACUGUGUUUUUUGCAGGAAGAACAUGUAAGUACACAUUAUGAUUGUAUUUCUGUGAGAGAUAGUCAUUAAAGUGUUGUGAUACCUACCGAUACUAUGUGAAAGUUUUUUUUAAUUGGUUCUUAGUAUUGUGGAUGCACUUGGAUAAAAUGUGUGCCUCGUGCUGCUGCUACAAAUGAAGCAUUACUAAAGCUCAGCUAAGUGAGAAUCAAAUAAGGUGUGGGUAAUUGGACUAGAAAAUCCUUUAAAUUUUCAAGAUUAUCUUUAAAACAAAAACAAAAUGCCAACCCAUACUGGGCUUUAAAAAGCAUUUUUUUUAAAAAAGAUUGUACCUUGUGUGUGUGUGUUUUUUUUAAAGUUUCCAAACUUGCUUAAGCAGUCUUGAUUUUGAAUUAGGGCCUUAAUUUCUGCUAUUAUGUUCUGUUAGUUUUGGCAUGGAUAUACUAAAGCUUUUUUUUCCAGCAUGUCUUUUCUCCUCUUUGGUUCUCCUUGUA